GCUUCAUCCUAUAUCCCUAACUCAGUUUAUAAGCGAGUCUUUAUCACUUUCUAUGCAUUCCUAGCUUAAUUCUUCUAUGCACAUUCUUUACAAAAGAGGGUAGCCUUGCUGUCUUAACCCUUGAAACUCAUUUAGCAUCCAAUCUUGCAUUGUGUGGGAUUGGAUCUUGUGAGUUUCAACCCCUCUUUUGAAUGUAAAGUCUCUCCCUUAAGUGAAAACCAUCAACCCUUGUAAACCUCCCUUCUCUCUCCUCGGAGUUGGAAGAGGGGAGAGCAACUAGGGUUCGAUUGCGAUUUUCCGCUUUACAGUAGUAUCAUUUUAAUGAAAUGAAACACUAACCUAGGAUUAAUUAGGUAGUACAUAGAAUAAUAUUUCAUAUCAUUUUUUAUGUUGGGAAGAUUGUAUCUCUUGAGAUGAGACUAUGUUGAUUAUACCAUGCACAUUGUUACAGAGAUCUUGCUCUUUAUUGUGUUUUGAUGACUUAAGGGCCUUGUGAUAACUGUCAUUACUGUGAUUUUUUUGUUAUUCUGAAAACUUUGACAACUUUACUGCCCUGAGACCCAAAACUGUAAACUAUGAUGGAGAUUCCAUACAAUCUCCAUACAAUAGUUUAUCAAUAAUGAUCUAAAUGGACAACAUGAAUGAUGGGAGUUAUCUAAGCAAUAUUAACUUGAUAAAUUGCUAGGAAAUGAGAGUUAGCAAUCACACAAUUGAUUACAACAAAGAUUCACCCCAUAGAGUUUGGUUCCCAGGAAGAAAGUUCCAGCAAAAUGUCUAACUCUUGAACAUUCUGUAGCAAAGCCUACAUUGAAAUUUCUUGUACCAUCCUGAACAUUCUAUAGCAACCCCAUGUCUAACUCUAUUUGGAAACCUGUUAUUCCUUCAUUAAAAGUGUUUCUUGAAUUGUACAUGUUAUUGCUGUAGAAUCUGUCCAAUUCUUUUACCAAUCACUCCCAAUAUGCUACUGAGCUACUCUAGCAUUGAGCUACUUGUUUGUACGUUUGGAAUGGAUUUGUAUCCAAUUAUCCCUUAAGACAUGUUUAUGCACCAACUUGUCCAAAUCAGCUAGUAAUGGGUUCAACAAGUUUUGAGCCUUCUAACCCUUCUUAGAUAGGCAGUAGGAAUACAUUCUUAUUAUAGUUUGAUAGGCUAGUUUGUAUCAUGCCUUCAUUAUUCUAUAUCGAACAUUGUUCAAGAGAAAGCAUCCUUCUUUCCAUUGUAUAGAUAACAAAAGGCUUUGGUAAUAGGUUCUUAACAACUUCAUAAAUGUGUGUUCGUAGUUGUAUAUAUGUGUGUGUGUGUGUGUGGUUUUUCAUGUUUCACAUGAUACUUGGUAGACAUUCUUUUUUAGAUCAGAUUUCAUCGAGAGAACAUAGGAUACCUGUCCUCUUGCUCCAAGUGUGCCCUGAUACUGUUAAUGUAGAUUGUUCCUUACUUGAUUUCAUUAGUAUUGGCUUUUGACUAUUGACCUGCUAUUAUUUAUGUUUAACAAUAUAAGCAUCGAUAUUACGAGGUCUACUUUAGAGUCUCACUACCCAAGCCCAAGAGAAGUUAUUUCCAGUUUUGUGUAUCUCACCUUAAAGCCAUGUUUUCGAAGUUUCAAAUUUCUUAAGUUGUAACAUAUCUUGCACCUAAGAGUCAUGCUCUCUUCAAAAAAGAAGUAAUACGUGAGUUAUAAGUCGACUCUUAUUGUUGAUAGUACAUGGUGCAUUCAGGGAAAUAACACAUCAUCGUCAUCUGAAUAUUCAGAUGAAGGAGCAGCAAGACCUGCUCUAGGGACAAAUGAAUACUUCAACGAAAUGAUAUAUUGCACUUGCAAUAGGUGCCAAAAUAGGAAACUAAAGAAGCGACGACUUGUUGGUAUCCAUAGAUUGAACUAUGGGGUUUAUAUAGAAGAGGUACACUAUAAUUAACAAAUUAUUAUUCUUAUAAUAAAUGAAGGUUCACAUUAUUCAAUACAUUUCUAUUGAUCAUUUCAAUUGGUUUUUUGAUAAAAAGCUGCUUCCAGUUCAUAAUAUUCCCAAAGAACCAACGGAUGUAACCGAUGAUAGCCACUCUCAAGAUGAAGAACAAGACAUGGUUAUGGAUGAAGCCACUUCGCAAAUAAAUGAGGCUGGUGUUGAUGAAUUCAUCAAAGACUUCUACACAUCUUUUGAAGAAGUUAUUGAUUCCCCCUUAGCUCAGUUGGCUAGGACGCCUGUUUUCUCAAAUGCAGAUACUUCUAUAUUGGCAACACUUAUGUUGUUGUUGAAUUUGAAGGUUACACAUGGAUUGACAAAUACAUGCUUUACUGAUAUAUUAAGGUAGGAUUCGAUAUUCGUAUAAAUUAAUGCUCUCGAUGUCUUAUUUUUUUUAAUAAUAUGUAUAGUUAUCUUAUAAAAAUCAUUUGUUGCAUCAUAUAGGCUUUUGGCAAACAAAAUACUUCCAAAGGACGAUAAGCUGCCUCAUUCACAUAGAGAAGUAUCCUCAGUAAUGAAAGAUAUUGGAAUGGAGUACAAUACAUAUGAUGCAUGUCCAAAUGACCAUAUAUUGUACUAUGGAAUGAAUGCAAAUUUGCAGCAAUGCCCAGUGUGUCACACAGGUAGAUAUCGUCAAGAUCAAGUAUCCAAGAAGGUUCCUUAUAAAGUACUACGACACAUUCCACUAAAGCCAAGGUUCGAGAGGAUGUUCAAAUGCAAGGAGUUGGCAAAAUAUAUGGAUUAUCAUGCACAUGGGAGGAGCAAAGAUGGUGUCAUGUGUAUGGCCACAGAUAGCAAACAUUGGAAAGAGAUUGAGGAAAAAUGGCCACAUUUAAGAAAUGAACCAAGAAAUGCAAGAAUUUCUCUGGCAAUGGAUGGUGUAAAUCCUUUUUGAGAUCUUAGAACAACAUAUUCUGUUUGGCUAGUUUUAAUUAUUAACAACAAUCUUCCCCCCUGGAUGACAAUGAAAAAGGAGCAUGCAAUCUUAACUCUUAUCAUGCCAGGUACUAGAAUAUAUGAAUGUAGUGAUUUCUUGAAGAUUAUAUUAAAAUAUUUUAAUUCAGUUAAAACCCUGACAAAAAACUUUUUGUUUACUUAGGGAAGUAUCAGGUAAAGGAUAUGGAUGUAUACAUGGAGCCCCUCAUUGACGAGCUUCGUGAAUUAUGGGAUGGUGUAAAUAUGCUUGAUGUAUCAAGACCAAUCAAUGAUAGAAACUUCCUCUUUCAUGCUAUGCUUAUCUGGACAAUUCAUGAUGCCCCGAGGCUCUCUAGUUGUUGUGGUAAUAUAUUGUAAAUUACAUUUUUAAUUAUUGUGUCCAUUGUACCCUUUAGUAAAUGUGGUUUCCAUUCUUAUUUCAGGUCUACAAACAAAGGGGAAACAUGGUUGUCCAUCAUGUGAGCCAAAAAUGUUGUAUAGGCAAUCAAAGGAUCUCAAUAAAACUGUAUAUGAUGAGUAUAGACAAUUCUUACCACAAAAUCAUCACUAUUGAGUGCGUGAGAAAAAUAAAUUCAAUGGAAAGGAAGUGGAAAUGAGGAAGCCAAGAAGGAUGAACCUUGCUAGGUGGAAAGCACUAUAUGGUAGAAAAGAAGGGACGAGCUUUCCACCAGGAAUGAAAAGACACUCUAUUUUCUACAAAUUAGACUAUUAUGAGAACUUGCCAAUAGCCCACCUAUUUGAUACAAUGCACAUCGGGAAAAAUGUGGCAGAGUGCUUGUGGAAACAUCUAAAUGGAACUAACUUUGAAGCACAAAUAAAGUUACGAAAGGACCUCCAUGUUGCCAAUGUCAUGCCAAACAUGUGGUUGCAUGAAAACAACUCAUAUAAUCAUGCUCCGUGGACUUUUACAUCAAAGGAGAAAGAAAACAUCAUUGAUACAAUGAAAAGCAUAAGGUUUCCUUCUGGCUUUGGUGCAACAUUAAAAACUUAUUCACGAGAGAUGGAUCAGAUUUCUCAGGCCUAAAAACACAUGAUUGGCACAAUUGGAUAAAGGUAAUUUUGUAGUACAUUUGAUUUGGUGGAAACAUAAUUAUAAAUUUAUAUAUGCUAGUGAUAAUAUCAAUUCAUGUAUAUUUUUAACAUUGUUAUUUGUUAAUGGUCAUGCAGUAUGUGUUGCUUGCAGCAAUACCAAGCACUUUUGAUCGUGAUGUUAGGUUAACUAUUUACAAACUAUCCAAAUAUUUGAGGUGGGUCUCAUCUAAAGAGAUGCAUAUGGAUGACUUGAAGUAUUGGAAAAUGAAUGUUUCACUUUUGAUGUGUGAUAUUCAAAUGUGCUUCCCUCCAAGCUUUUUCAAUUCUCAAGAGCACUACCUUGUACACCUAGUAGAAGAGAUUGAACAGUGUGGUCCUAUUCAUAUUCGAACAAUGUGGCUUGUGGAGAGAUAUAUGAAGGUUUUAAAACAAUUUGUUAGGCAAAAGGCUCGACCAGAAGGGUCCAUGGUUGAGGGGUACAUGGUUUUCCAAGAGAUGGUUCAUUUGAGUGAGUACUUACCUCAAUUGCAUCUUGAAGCUCCGCGAUUAUGGAAUUAUAACCAACCUUAAUCAUUUGAAGGAGAAAAAUUAGAGGGUCACGAGACUUCAAAGAGGAUAAAAGGUAUACAAAAAUACUGGAAGUAGUUGUUUUUAUCUUAAAUUUUAUAAUACAUGCUUUUAAAUAAUUAUUAAUUUAUUGAAUAAUUCUAUUUUUCUUCAUAGAUGCUAAGGAGUGGGAAGCAUUACAUUUGUAUGUUGCAUACAAUUCCGACUUUAUGUUGAAAUGGAUGGAGAAGUAUGCUGAACAAAAGAAAAUAGAGGAUGAAAAGGCAUGGGCCAAUAUAUAUAAUAUACAUUGUCAAAACACUGUUCGAGGAUUGCCCGCAAGCCAUAAAAGAAAAUGGCCAGAGAGAUGCUCAUGGAAUUGGCUAAAGAUCAAUAUUGAACACGAGGCAACAAAAGGGAGAAAUAGAGUGACACAACAACAAUUGAAUUUUGUGAAAGGAUCUAUAAAUGGGGAGGUGAUACAUAUAUAGUAACAUAUUGGAGAUAUUUAGUAAAUUUUCUUUUAACUUUUGUAUUCUCAGAUCUAAUUAUCUAAUAUUUAUAUGAAUUUAGGUAACAUAUUACAAAGGAAUGUGGAAUUUUGGUCAUCACUUUCGCAUCAAAAAGGUUGAUGAAAAGAGGCAAACUUAUGAUUGUGGAGUUUCAGCAUCAUUUGAGGUGGAAUGUCGUUCACAUGCAAAUGAUAGAUAGCCAAUCACAAGCACACUUCGCUAUUAUGGAGUGCUGGAGGAUAUUAUAGAGCUUGAUUUUAUGUCUUUCAAGAAAGUUAUUUUUCAUGUUGAAUGGUACAAGCUUAUCAAAGUGGGUGAAGAAAAAACUAUCUUUAUGCACAAUAAUGGAUUCCAUAUGAUUAAUACAUCUAGGUUUGAAGCCACUUUUGAACCUUAUGUGUUUCCAAAUCAAUGUGACUAGAUAUUUCUCAUUCCAAAUUUAGAACAACCUGGUUGGUCAUUUGUUAUUGAUUAUGAUCCAAGAGGAAGAAGAGUAACAUAUGUUGAAGACAAUGAAGAUGCAGAAGUCCUCCUUGAUGAUGAAAAUAGCAUAGAUGGAGAUGAUGAAAAUUUUAUUGUCAAUGAUGCAUAUGAUGAGGAUGAAGAUCAUGAUGAGUUUAUUGAAGUGUUCGAAGGACAUGAGCAACCGCAUGGGCAUCAAGUCCAUGAAGAUGAUGAAUUUAUUGAUUUUAAUUUGCCUGUAGUUGAAGGUGAUGAAGACCAUGAAAAUUCUAGUAUUAAUUUAUUUGUAGAUUUAGGGCCCAUUACUGAUGAGGUAUUUAUGCCAUCAAAUGAGGAAAUUUCAUCUGAGGAUGACAUUGUUUGAUCACCAUGAUCACUUUAAUGAUCUCUAUGUCUUUGAUUGCUACACUAUGACUUUUAUGGUUCUUAGUCUGAUCUCUAUGAAUGCUAUCUUAUUUCAUACAACUCACUUGCAAUAUUGUUUUACUAUUGAUCUUAGUAGAUAAAGAAACAAAACUAAUUGGUAGUGAGGAUGUUUUAAGAAUUCAUUACUCACCUUGAGCAGUAAGUGUGUGGAAACUAGAAGAUUGCCCCAUGCAAAAGAUAGCAUAAAAGACAAAAGCACAAUUACAUUGUCAAUUCAUCUAACAAUAUUUGCUUUUGUUUAAAAAUCAGAAUUUCAUAGUGCAAUAAAAUAAUAAAAAUUAACAAGUGGGGAAAAAAAAGAAGUCUAAAAAUUGCUCUAUCUCAAAAAAUGGAAUUAAUAAAUCAUUCACACUCUUGCCUUUCCUUUAUAGAUGAAGAAGGCUAGUAAUUGGAAGUUUGCCCUACCUUGCAUGAGUCUAGAUCAGUUCUGCUAGAGUUUGCCUCUGUUGAGAAGAACAUUGACUGAAAAACUAAGUAAAAACUCUUAAAGUUAACAGAAGAGGACACUUGUAUGGUGGAAGGGGUUGUAUUGGAUGAAUCAAUAGAUGGAAGAUCAUUUUGCUUUGAUAUUUUCUAGUUGUUCACAAGCCAACAAUUAUAUAGGUCAUAGUGGAUAGGCCGGAGCUUAGAAAAUGGCUAUGGGUUGGUGUUCAAAAAAUGGCUUCUGGCCCAACAAUCUCAAUAACACUUUGUAUACACCUCUACAGUAUACAAUAAAAAGAUAUAAUUUUGAAUUGUUUUAGAUGCAGAAAGAUGUCAAUAUGUUUUGUUGCACCUUAUAGUUUUCCAGGGUGUGCCUUGUGACAAGAAUUGCAACUAUGCUCAAUAUAAACUUAAGAAGCAUGUAAGGCAACAACAAUUCGUGGAGCAUCAGUUGUUCGUUGUAGAAAUGAACAAUGGCUAAACCCAUACCAAAAUGAACUGGGACAUAGUACAAUGGUUAUUGAAUGAUAUGUACAGCCAACCUAGUGCCUUCAAAUUUUUCAUUGCACUAUUGGAAUAGGGAUCAUUAAAUAGCAGCUAGCAUUUUGCUGCUGAUGGCAAGUCCCCCUAAUCAGUAAAACAUUUUUGUAUCAGUUUGUCUCCCUCCAACAUAUGGUUUUCUAUCUAGAUGGCAUGAAUUUUUAACUUCUAAAAUUUGUCUUUGACUUGGGAGUUAUAUGGUAAUUUAACCAAGUCCAACAGUAUGGCUAUCUAUUCAAUGGCAUGGCUGUGGAGAUGCAGUUAUCUCACGGCCAAUGUAAAGACCUAAUAGUUUGUUGUUUUAUACUCAAAAUGAAGAUUUAAAUACUAAACAAAAAUUUGACAGCUUUUCAUACCGUUUGUCGUUUGUUGUCGAAAUGAUACCAUGAAUAUUUGUAGGUGUAGAUGAUGUCUUCAAAGGCACAGACCUAUAGAUAUAUGGGUCAUAAGAAGUUUGACGUAUUUGUGCAUAACAUAUUAGUAGUAGUGAUAGAUCAUUGUUGGACUCUAGGGCCUGAACCAUAGCCUUAUUGAUUCAUCCAAAUGCAUAACAGAUUCACCUAAAUAAAGGACAUGUAUAAUAGUAAGGAUGGCAUUAUCAGAUCUGAGGUCCAUGUGUCAACAAACAGUCCUGAAAAGACAUAUUGAUAGUUUGAAGCUUGAAAUUUUGAAAGCACAAAACCUUAUUUUGCAAGACAUUCACUCACAUUAUUGGAAGGAUAUUUUAAUGAUGCGUAACUCUUUGGAAGAAAGAUAUGCUGUUGAAUAACCUGAAAAUACUUCUGAGGAUUAUAAAAUAGAAACUUUGAAAAACAGGGUAUGUAUGUUAAUGUGGACAACUACUGACUAUCAAGCAGUUUGAAAUGUUGUGGUAGACAUGUAGGCAAAAAGUGGGAGCAUCGAUAGGGCAUGCUAACUGUUUGACAAAAUGAGUAGAAGAAAUGUGAUCUUAUUGAAUGCCAUGAUUGCACGAUAUGCACAUAAUGGAUUCGUUGAAAAGGCUUUAGAAAAUUUCAAGCAAAUGCAAUCAGUAGGUGUGAAACCAAAUUGCACAACCUUUGCCAACAUCCUCCCUAUCGGUGACAAAAUAGAAGGUUUGAAAAAUAGGGUAUGGACAUCCAUCAAAGCAUAGACAAAACGUGGGUUUGUAGAAUAUGCAUAAAAAGAAUUUGUUGAAAAAUCUUUAGAAACUUAUAACUAAAUGCAAUUGAUAGGUGUAAAGGCAGAUUUCAGCAACAUUUGCUUGUGUCCUCCCUUGCUAUGCCAAAACUGGAGCUUUGAAUAGGGUAUGAACGUACAUCAAAGCAUAAUGGUAGGGAGAAUUGGGUAGGGGGGAUAGGGUUUCUGUAGAUACUAUCAAAAAGAAACUCAAAAUACAGAAGCCCCAAGAAAACACAAAGUCUAAUAUCACCCAAAAAAUAGGGCCUUCACUAUCUUUUUCCCCGAGUCUAAUCUCGAGGCCUCCAUAUUUACAUCAGAAUCAAAAUUAGAAUAGAUGAAUUGCUAGAAUAGGUAUCCACUAAUGCCUUCAAUCAACCUUUCUCUGCAACAAGUAGAAUGCACCAUAAUGAAAAUGUUUUUUUUUUUAACCUGAAAAAAUUGAUAAAAUCUGUAAGAGCAUUUAAUAAAUAAGUAAAUGAUAUUAAUGAAAUGAGAUCUUUUAACUAACUUCCAGUGAGACCUUGUUUUUAUGAAGUUGGCUGGGAUUUCUUAGAAUGCUACACUUAUGGUGUGUGGACAGCGAUCAAAGGUUUGUUACCAUUGCAGAUGUUAUGUCCUUUUAUGUGUAGUGUGUAUGAUCAACUCAUAGGUAGUAUAGAUGAUUUUCUACCUUGAUCCAUUAUAAUGACUGUUCAUGAAGCAUUGAAACAAUGAUUUUGGACUGUUCACAGUCCUUUCACAGUCACUGUCAACAACAUUACCCUAUAAAAAUCUGCUCAAAUUACUUAGCAAGAAAAUCUAUAAUGGGUGCUAUAUUUGUAGCUUUUACAUUCCAAAGCAUUGGUUAGGUGUGUUUAUUUUUCAAAAUUUCAAUUCAGCACGCUAGUAGGUUGACAAUGUUUGACAUGGAUCUUUUGAAGGCAAUUACUGUUGUUCUUUGUUCUCUUUAGAGGUCUGUUGAAUAAACCAUUUGGCGGUUUAUGAUUUUCAAGGCUCUAAGGUAGAAUGCUUCUUGGGAGACCAUAUUUUACAAAUGUCUUUUGUUUCUAUGGUUUAUUUAUGUUUUUGUAUGGCCGUUUAAUGUGGAUAAGGAUAGAAGAGCACCAAAAAUCUACAUAUAUAUCUCAUAGCAUUCUUCCAUGGAUUAUGACUGUGAUUAUGAUUGUCUUUUUCUGUAUUUUCAAAAAUUUUAGAGUAUACAAAACUUUUUCUAGUGGCCAUGGGUGCUAUAUGCAUAUGUUCUCUAAUCAAUAUUUUCUUAUUUUUAUGUCAUUUUCUAUAUUUUUAAGAAUGUGGUCAUGGAUGCUACCAAUUCUGCUAUGGGGGAUCCUCCGAUCUUAAAUGCUUUGAUUGAUAUGUAAAAAAUGGACAAGGGCAACAAAUUACUAUGAUGGUGCAUGAGGUAAGCUUGAAAUUUGUCUUUUGUAUGCUAAAUUAUCUUAUGUUCCCUAUUAUAUUAUGCUAAUUUGUGUUUGUGGAAUGCAGGCAAUCUUGAAAGUAACUCCAUCGAGCGUGAAUCUUGUUGGCAUGAAGGAUCCAGCUGUGCCCUCCACUACAUCUACUGUUAUGCCAGACGAUAUUUCAAGGAUUACUCCAACAAACACUAAUGUUCCUGAUGUGGGUUCAGUCAAAAUUCUCCCACCAACAACCGAACAAGUUUCCUUGAGAAGUCUCAUAGAUUCACAAUCAAGAAUAGUAAGGCUCCUACCAUAUACUCCUGAAAAUGUUCCAACCAGACAAGAAAUACUUGUACAAAUUCAGUUAUGGGAAAGGGCAUUGUUGGAGAGUGCAGGGCCUACCUCAGAUGAACAGGAAAUAAACGACAAAGUGAUUGAUGCACCUAUAGGAGCAUCUACCUCAACCCCUAAGACUACAACAAUAUCCUCAGUGACUACAAAAGGAACGCAAGAAGUUACAAUCUUGCUCACCUCAGAAGGAAAUGUCUUGAAGGAUGAAGUGGGGUUAAAAUUUUUUCAUUUUAUUUUUCAUCGUGCAGAACAAUUAUUUGGAAAUACCAUUCAAAUGGAUUGGAGGAAGCAAUCCAAUGCUAAGAAAGAGGAACUCUUUAAAGAUGUCAUAACAGCAUUUGGAAAUCCAGGGUUUAAUAAGGAUAUCAUUCUUGAUAUUGCACGGAAAUACAUGCACUCUAAACGAGAUAAUUUAAGGUCGAAGCUGACAAAAGACUUGAGAUAUCCACGUCCAGCUUGGAUUACAGACCAAGUGACAUGGGAUGAACUUAUGAAAGAUGCCAAAUUUAAGAGGAAAGCCUACAAUAAUCCAAACUAUAGGCCAUCUACACGAGGAGGAUCUAAAAGACGCCUUCGAGAUACAACAAAGGCAACCCAAGCUAGGGUGUCAAGUAUUAGAUCCCAUAAAUUAGGAUCUGGUGGGUAUAAUAGCAUUCGUGGUGGUUUGGAAGCCCAACAAUCAAACUUGUCAAGUAGUGAGCAUGAAGAGGAGGUAGAGGAUCAUGAUGAAUUGUUUGUUGCACACAAUGAUUCGUUUGUCAUUCUUGAAACUCGACAAGAAACCAUCCUUGAAUUUCAACAAGUGGGAGACAACAAUAUGGAGGAGGGUGUUCAAUGUGAUGAACUAUCCACACCCACAAUCAAAAAGGUGCCUCGUAAAAAGAGGACACAAAGCAAGAGGAUGUAUAUAUAUGUUUCCAUAUAUAUAUAUGGGAAUAUAUAUAUGUAUAUAUAUGGGAAUAUAUAUAUGUAUAUAUAUGAAUUUUUGAGCUUUUUGAAUAAGUAAUUAAAUUAUAAAUAU